GUAAGGGACGGAAUUAAAGAACUUAUGAUAGUCACAACUUCAUGAACUUUAAAUGCAGUUUAAGAUAUUGUUUCUCAGCUAGACAUUUUUAAGCAGAAAAGAGAGAGAAAACAUAUAGACGUAUUGUAAUAGCAAAGGGCAAUGUCCACUCAACACCCACAUUAAGAUUGAAUCCCACGAUGAUUGAAGCUAGUUUGAGAUAAUUACAUAUUUUUUAUGGUUAAAAAAUACUUUUAUUGGAAAGAGAAGAUGGCUGAAAACACAAUCAGUGUGCAUGGAACUACUUCUAAAGAAUUACAAUCUAACAUUCAAAACAUCUGAGAAUUCUAAAAAAUAUGAGGAACGGAUGCUACCCAAGGUAGUCAUCCAAUCAUACAAAGACCUUAACAAAGACUGUUUAAUAACAUACUGAGGGCAUUCAAAACUGUCAAAAGUUUUACGGUUCCUCUCUCACCAAAUUGUCCACAAAACACACAAUGGAAUAGCUAUUCAUAUAUUUGAUCUCCUGUGUUUAUGAAGUUUUCCUUGCCAACAAUCCAGCAAUUGACUUAUAGUCUUCAGCAUAUUAAUGCUCAAAGAAUAAGCAGAAGAAUUCACUCACUUUUCAUAUAUAUAUAAAUAUAAUAUAUUCGUGACGGGAUUUUAUGUUUAUAGGAAUAUGGUGAUUUAAUGUGACGGUCUUAGAAAAAAAGGGCAUUGUGGUUUAAGUACACAAAUAUCAUUAAACAUAUCUAUGAGGGAGUAGUAACUAGUUAAAGAGCUACAGGAAGAAUGUCAAGUGAGGGGUCAAUUUUAAGUUAGAUCUAUUUCAGAAAAAUUGAUCUUUGUGGCCCUUGUUUUUAACUUCUGUACCUUCAAAUUGGUGGGCAUUUAUUAUGGUUGUAAUCUAGAACCUAUAAGAAGAGGCACCCCAAACAUUCUGUGGUAGUGUAUUUUGAAAUAAGAGGAUAUUUUCUGAUUUGUGAAGAUUAUCGAAAUUUCAUUGGAAGUAGAAGUCUUUGGAAAUCUGGUCAAUGGGGGGGGUACGUAGCUUUCACUUUGAGUCUAAAUCUUUUCAACUAGUUGUAGAGGAAGGGGGUCGUUUUUUCUUAUUAAGGAUUUUUGAGAGGGGCAAGUUUGCCAUGAGAUCAGUUUUCAUGAGCAAGAAUGCAGCCCAUUGGUUAAUGUUUUGCAUUGAACACCUUGUUGUUGGGAAGAGCUUCAAGCAGUUUUUCACUCUUAGAGAGGGUGACACUGCCUUCACUCUCCAAUGGUGUUCCAACUCCUCAGGCCAGUUCUUGCUGUUAACUGAACUCAAAGCUGGUGGGACUAGGAGAUCGAUUAUUAUACCGGAAGGCAAAGAAAGAUACGGUUGGAGGGUGUUUGGUCUAGAACUAAGGAAAUUGUUGUUUCCUUCUCAUUAUGCAGUGGGUGGAAAUGGUCCUCCUAAGUUCAUUCCUCAGGUGCGGAAGUAUAACAUGGAGGACCAAAACUCUAGAACUUUUGCUGAAGUUGUGCAAGGCAUUCAUGGAAGAACUGAGGUUAGAAAGCAGCUGUCACAUUUUGGACCCACAGCCAAAGAGAAGCUAAUACAGCUGGGAAAGGAGAAAAAAGGGGAGAAUCUGAAACUCUCAGGUGCAAAAAUGGGGGAAAUUCCAGUGAGCAAGUCUGAAAGGUUGGGGGUGGUGGGAAGGAUUUGGAGGGAGCAACGGUUGAGUGAGGUGGCUGAGGUGGGUAAGCAGAAGCUGGCAGAUACUAGGUUACAUUUCUCAAACUUUUUGAAUUCAAAAGCUGAUGAAAAGGGGAAGAAGUCUGAUUUUAGGAGAUCUUGCUGGUCAGGGAGAGGACUUGUCAUAGAGGUUGAUGGGAUAGGGAGGAGACGGGUCUCUUGGGUUAGAAAGAAAGGGGGAGUUUCAAAGAUCAGAGGGAUGGCACGUGAAGGUCCUUAAUUGGGCUCCUCAAGGAACCAAACAGGAAGCUCUUAGGCCAGGUUUGGGCCGUGGAACAAGCCCAGU